AUGGGACGGUUUGUGAGCGGAUGUGUGGUGUUUUGUUUGGUGAUAACAUUAGCGAGGAGUCAAAAUGGGGCCGGGUCACUUUCCACGCCGACCGUCGAUGCGGGCGUGGAGAGAUUACAGCAAAGUGCGCAGAAAUUUGCCUUGCAAUUCUACCAGUACGUCACGGAACUGGUGGACUACAAUCCGAACGUGACGACAACCAACAUCAUUGUGUCUCCAUUUUCGGCGUGGAACUUGCUGCUUCUAAUAACGGAAGGUGCAUCCGGGAGAACGCUCGACGAGCUGUUGGUCGCCCUGGAUGUUCAGCGACAGGAGCAAAUUCGCAGCUAUUAUAAGCCGUUUGUGCAGAGUUUCAGCCUACCUGAUCGUGAUGUGCAGCUGGCAGCGGCACAAUACGUCAUCACCGACGAAAACCGGCCGGUGUCGAAGGAUUUUGAAACGAGCUUGGAAAAUUUCUACAACCCCAGCAUACUGCAGCCGAUGAAUUUUGCUGAUCGCAUGCAAACUUACGAGCGAGUUAAUCGGCUCGUGUCGGAUGCGACAAAUGGCCAUAUACCCAAGGCGAUCGAGCUGAGCGAUCUUGAGGAAGCACGCUUGAUCAUGCUCUCGGUCCUGUUCUUCCAAGGCCAAUGGACGGUUCCCUUCAAUAGAUCGUUCACUACCAAGGUUCCGUUUUAUGACGAAAACGACCAGGCUAUCGGUAUGGUAGAAAUGAUGUUCCAGAGAGGUAUUUUCCCGUUCGCUGGCUACAAAGAACUAGAUGCACAAAUUUUGGAACUACCGUACGGCGCUAACAAGAGACUUACAAUGCUGCUUAUAAUGCCCCGAAAGGGUGUUCCGCUGGUCGAAGUUAUUCGUAAGCUCACACAGCACGGCAUGGAUCGCGUUUUUGAGGAGCUAGAUCGCAGCAUGGAGGAUUUUGAUGACGACGAAGUAGAAGUGCAUUUACCUAAGUUUGAGUUUAAUUCGGAUUAUAAUUUGAUUCCAAUUUUGAACCAGAUGGGAAUCAAGGAAGCGUUUGACUCUGGGUCGGCCAAUUUUGGUAAAAUAUCUGAUUUGAAUGCGGUUUACGUUAGCAGCGUUAUACAGCAAACCAAAAUUAUAGUCAACGAAGAAGGCACCAUGACGGCCGCCGUAACGACUGGUGUGUUUGCCAACAAGGCAACACCGCCACGUUUUCUUGCCAAUCGGCCGUUCGGUUUCAUGAUCGUCAAUCGGCAACAGCGAACGAUACUGUUUGCUGGACAAGUCAAGAGGCCCGAUUUGGUUUAA